AUGGAAGAGUUGAAUACAACACUGAUAACUGAGUUCAUUCUUCUUGGGAUCACUGACCUUCCAUGGCUCCAAAAGGUCUUGUUUGUCCCAAUUCUCACCUUUUACCUUCUUAACUUAUUAGGGAAUCUCACAAUUGUUUUCCUUGUGAUAGAAGAAUCAGUUCUUCAUUCACCAAUGUACUUUUUUUUAGCUAAUCUUUCCUUUCUUGAUAUAUUGCUUUCUUCUAACACUAUCCCAAAAAUGAUGACAGGAAUCUGGAUGGAAAAAUCAAUAUCUGUUAAAAACUGCAUCACGCAAAUGUAUUUAUUCCACCUCUUUGGGUGCACUGAAGGUGUUCUUCUGGCCGUCAUGGGUUAUGAUCGAUACGUGGCUAUCUGCAAACCUCUUCAAUAUGUAAUCAUUAUGAGAAAGAGUACUUGCAUCAAACUAGUAUUGACAUCCUGGAUUGUUGGUCUAACUUAUGCAUUAGUAAAUGCAUACAUGACAUCAAGGCUUGCUUUUUGCAGUAAGAAUAACAAAGUGAAACAUUUCUUUUGCGAUGUUAAGCCAGUAAUAAAGUUGGCAUGUGAAGACAUCCAUUUCAGUGAAUUCACAAUGACCAUAGUCAGUGGAUUUGCAAGUACAACUAGCUUUUCUCUUACCAUCCUAUCUUACUGCUAUAUAGUUACCCAUGUUAUUAAAAUGCACUCUACGCAAGGUAGAUCCAAGGCUUUCUCAACAUGCUCUGCACACUUGACCAUUGUUAUCCUAUUCUAUGGGACAGCCAUGUGCACUUACCUUGGACCUACUUCAGAAACAUCAAUAGAAAAAGAUAGAAUUGCUGCCAUAUUAUUUACUGUUAUCACUCCAACACUUAAUCCCAUUAUUUAUACACUUAGAAACAAAGAUAUUAGGAAAUCAUUAAAAAAAUAUGCUAAAUAA